AGUAUUCAUCAAUAAUAUUUUUACACAUAUCAAUUCCUUAAGCCUUUUCUUUUUCUUGUUUAUUUGUGUGCUUUCACUUUGCACUUUUCUGCAAAAAUAUAUUGCAAACUGAUAUUUAGCUCAUUUUUUCAUCAUUUUAAAACUAAAGAAUUAUCAUACUAAGAAUGUAGGUUUGUCCAAAGAAAGCCUACCUUGUUGGAGUUGAAUAUAAAGGCACAAAAGAUAAUACUUUUUCUGUUGAUUAAUCACUUGAAUAAUUUGCACAAUUAGCUUAUACUGUUCCACUUAUCAAAAACAUGAUUUUUAAUUUCGAUGUGUACUGCCCGAUAUAGGCAGUACGUACUGGUCCAAGAGCCUCUCGACGCGCGGACUGCCUGCUAUCAGCCGGUGACAAAUUUUUGGCCCCGUAUCGCCCGAUAUAGGGUUGUAUUGGGCAGUAACAGUCGAAAUUUCAACCAUUACCAACUUGUAUCCUAUUUUAGAUGUACUACUCGAUAUGGUAUGCCUCGAUACGUACCGUACCUAGCCAGUACAAAUCAAAAUUAUGAAUCUUGAUCAAAAGUAUGUUUCUUAUUCUCCCGGUUGAACAUGAUGUAGUGAAUAGUCCUAUGGUUUCUCUAAGUGUGCAUUUCUAGAGGUCCAGAAUUUAGGAGUAUAUUAUUGCUUUGGGUCAUUGAAUGAUGAAAUUUAGAAAUAUAUCUUUCUAAGGUUUUUUUUGGCAUGAACUCCAUCCUCUAAUGUUACAUAGAAAAUUUUUCAUUGAUGUCACUGACCUAGUCUUACAUGAUAUGUCAUAUUUAGUAACUUAUACAUCCUGUUGUAUUUGUCUCCUUCAAAAUUCAUAAAGUGUUGCCAACAAAAAAACAACAGGUGAAGAUUAGAAAUGUUGUAUGAUUGGUUAUAUUUAUUAGGGUCAUAUAAUGUUGAACUUUUUAAUGUUUGUGACUUAAAUUCGAACACUCACAAUCGUGGUUGCUUGCUAUCUGGCUGAAUAAGUUUAGGUGUUGUUGGGUUUAUUGGUUAUGUUAAUGUUGUUUUGAGCUCGAGAUCUUGGUUAGAUGAAUUUAAAAAAAUCAAAGAGAAUAUAAAGAAGUCAAAAAUUCGGAAGAAAAAUAUAUUUUUCAUAUAUUUUUAUGGUUCUAAAUAGAAUAUCAAAUGCAAAGCUACCUUUCUUGUGAUCCUAGAGUUCUUUCGUGGUGAUUGUUAUUUAUCAUUUUUUACAAGAAUUAGUGACCAAAUGACAUUCCCAUAACAUGGGUCUUUUCCUCUGUUUUUUAAAAUUGUCAUGGAAUAGUACAGCCAAAAUUUAAUAAUCUAUAAACUCCUCGACCUCCGGUCUUUGCUUAUUAAGGUGUCUUUGUUCUGAUGAAAUUAGUGAGCAAUUUAUUAAUGGUUUUAGACCGUUCAUUUCUCAGGUAACUAGAAUUGCAUUAUGUAGAUACGGAAUGAUUGGAUAGUGUCACUUGGUAGAACGAAUUUUCUUGGCUUAUGCUAUCUAGUUUCAACAUUCACUACUCUUUAUAGAGUGCUUGUGAUCAGGAUUUCAGAUAUGCUCACUGAUCCAGAGUUUUGUUUGGGCUUGCUUAUCAAAAUCAAAGGAUUUAUAUUGGCUCUGGAAAAGGUGCUAAAGUUAAGUACCUAGUCCGAGCCCUUCAUGUUGAAAUUAUUAUUUCAUUAGCAACAAGUUUGUAUGCAUUUAUGAUGUAAUUAUUAUAUAGUCAUUAAAGCUUUCUAAUGUGGUAUUUUAUAUUGCUUGCUUUGUUUUAACUAAAAUGAUUACUCACAACAUUCAAACUAAAAUGACACUUCCUUGGCGCAAUACUCGCUCUUCUUGGCCCGAUGUCCGAAUCCAUGGCCCGAUGUCCGAAUCCAUAGCCCGAAGCCUUCUAUCGAUACGUCGACCGAUCCACCAGCCCGUCCAAUCUUCUGACAUAUUCCUUUGGCCCAACAUGAUUUUCCUGCUUUAAUUGUCUCAUCCUGAUCGAAGUAUCCUGCAUCACUCAAAAUGCAGAUUAAAUCAUAAAUACAUAUCCAGUAGUUUCAUCAUCAAAAUACGAGAUUCAAUAAAGUUCACCCAGUUCUUCAAGGACCAUAAGAUUCUAUCCUAAUAGGUGUUAGGAUCAAGAGCGCACUAAGAGGGGGGGGGUGAAUUAGUGAUUUUGUAUACAGUUUCUUUUCAAAUGAAUUUAAGACUUGAUUUAGUGAUUUUGUACGACAAUCUAUGUUUUUGUGUAACAUUGUUGGUCAACUUGCUGUUUGUAAAUUCUAGGUGAUAAAUUUUAUUUUGCAUUUGCUUUCUUAUCUCUAGCUGUCAUCAUCUUAAUUCCUUCUGAAGAACCGUGUUAUGAGAAGAGACUGGUAUAAGAUUGAUCUAUGGGAUUCUAGUCCGCAUAGCUUCUGCAUAUCUCCUUGAAGCAUAUACAGAUUUGGUAUCUUCCGACACACUCUAUUUGGGAUUCCAGUCCACAUUAGCUACUGGAAAAUGAUUUUUAAAUUUUUUUUCAGUCAUUAAUCCCUAAUAUUCUUCUAAAUGAGAUAAGUGGGAGGGGGAAUGUUUUGAUUUGUUUUGUGAGAGAGCAUAAUUUAUCCUAAUUCUAGAGUGAUAUUCCCAUCAAAUACUUCCAUCUGCAUGAAGAUAAUUCUUAUUUGAUGAUGUUUGCAUGUUUCUAUCCUUUAGCUUUUGUAUCAAGUUAUGGUCAUACAAUUCCAGGUUACUGCAAGAAAUCCAUGCCCGGUGCUUUUCAGACAUGUAUUAUGGUUCAUCAUCAUAAGUCUGAAUGUACUGGAUCAAUCAGCAGAGUUAAUGGACAACCAUUAGAGGUUUCACGGAAACAAGGACUUCAUUGGGGAAGUUCUUUCUUUCCUUUCUCGGCCUUACCCUCGGUCAAAUGCAAUCAGAUUAUGCAAGGUAGAAAUGGCUGCCACGUAUAUUAGUCAUCUAGUUAAUCAACUUGCCAGACAUCAAUUUUUGAAAAUAGCUUGUCAACUAGAGCGAAAGACGAUACUUGGGGCUUAUUCAUUGCUUAAAGUGAUUGAGUCAGAGUUGGAAGGCUAUCUAUCAGCAGGCAAUGGUCGCGUGGGUCAUUGUCUCUCCCUUAUUCAAGCUGCAUCAGAAGUACAUGAACAAGGGGCAGUUGAUGACCGUGAAACAUUUCUGCAUAGUGUCCGGGAUCUUCUAAGCAUCCAUUCGAAUUCUCAAUCAGCAUUACCGACAUAUGUAUCAGCACAUGGUAUAGUUCAGCAGAUAUCAGGAUUGCAGUCUGACUUGCUGUCUCUUCAGUUUGAACUCGAAAACUCUCUUCCAGAAGACCGAAGAAGAUGUAUCAAUGAACUAUGCACCCUUAUUCAGACCCUGGAGCAGUUAUUGUUCUCGUCAUUAACGACAGCAAAACCAUUGUUAACACCUAGGUAUAUUAGUCAUCUAGUUAAUCAACUUGCCAGACAUCAAUUUUUGAAAAUAACUUGUCAACUGGAGCGAAAGACGAUACUUGGGGCUUAUUCAUUGCUUGAAGUGAUUGAGUCAGAGUUGGAAGGCUAUCUAUCAGCAGGCAAUGGUCGCGUGGGUCAUUGUCUCUCCCUUAUUCAAGCUGCAUCAGAAGUACAUGAACAAGGGGCAGUUGAUGACCGUGAUACAUUUCUGCAUAGUGUCCGGGAUCUUCUAAGCAUCCAUUCGAAUUCUCAAUCAGCAUUACCGACAUAUGUAUCAGCACAUGGUAUAGUUCAGCAGAUUUCAGGAUUGCAGUCUGACUUGCUGUCUCUUCAGUUUGAACUCGAAAACUCUCUUCCAGAAGACCGAAGAUGUAUCAAUGAACUAUAAGUGAACUUUGUUUAUCAUGUGUACAAAUUUAGAUUUAAUGUACCAGAGACUGGGAAUAGAAUGAGUCAAUAUUGGACUAGCAGUUUUUGAGAAAAAGAAAGCGUUAUAGCCAGCCCCAUGUUAUUGCAUAAGUCGUACCCUGUUUUCUAAUAGUGGCUCAUACUCGACCCUGACCUUCUAGGGAUGGAUCAAGUCAAUCUUUUUUCCUUUUGAAUUAAAAAUGUUAUCUAGUAGGUUACUUGGCAACUUUUCAUAUGCUUUUUCACAUCAAUGUCAUGAGGAUAAUCAGGAUACUUGACUCUGACCGAAGACGAUGUAUCAAUGAACUGUAAGUGAACUUUGUUUAUCAUGUGUACAAACUUAGAUUUAAUGUACCAGAGACUGGGAAUAGAAUGAGUCAAUAUUGGACUAGCAGUUUUUGAGAAAAAGAAAGCGUUAUAGCCAGCCCCAUGUUAUUGCAUAAGUCAUACCCUGUUUUCUAAUAGUGGCUCAUACUCGACCCUGACCUUCUAGGGAUAGAUCAAGUCAAUCUUUUUUCCUUUUGAAUUAAAAAUGUUAUAUAGUAGGUUACUUAGCAACUUUUCAUAUGCUUUUUCACAUCAAUGUUAUGAGGAUAAUCAGAAUGAACUUUUUGUAGAAAUAUUCACGAUAUGCAUUAAUAUACAUAUUUAUUAGUUUUUGUAUAUCACAAUAGGAUUUGUGAUAUGUGUACACAUAUUUAUUCUUGUAUGUCUUGUAUAUCACAUAGCAUUUGUGAUACGUGUUUAUCACGAUAGUCACCUUUCAUAUGUAUUGAUGUUAUUCGUUAAUAUGCGUAUUUAAUAAAUGCU